AUGAAUAUUUUCAAUAAUAUUCACCAUAACGUUAAUAUUGUUGAUGAUAUUCAUGGUGGCAGUGAUAUUGUUAAUAAUGUUUUUCAGAAUAUGGAUAUUUUCAGUAAUAUUCACUAUAACAUUAAUAUUAUUGAUGAUAUUCAUGAUGGCAUUAAUAUUGAUAAUGAUAUUCAUCGUGAUAUGAAUAUUUUCAAUAAUAUUCACCAUAACGUUAAUACUCAUGAUUUUCAUCAUGAAAUCAAUAUUGAUAAUGAUAUUCAUCGUGAUAUGAAUAUUUUCAAUAAUAUUCACCAUAACGUUAAUAUUGUUAAUGAUAUUCAUGAUUGUAGUGAUUUUGAUAAUGAUAUUCAUCAUAUUAUCGAUAUUUUCAGUAAUAUUCAGCAUAAAAUUAAUAUUCUUGAUGGUAUUCAUUAUACCAGUAAUAUUGACAAUGAUAUUCAUCAUAACAUGGAUAUUUUUAGUGAUAUUCACUAUAAUGGUAAUUAUAGUGAAUAUUAA